AUGUCAACGACUUUCAUCAAACUCGCAAUCCUCCUCCAGUACCUCCGAACCUUCGAUCGUGGCUCCAAGUCACGCACCCUCACCAUCGUCAUGAUAGUCAUCACCUCGAUGUGGGGCAUCGCCUUCAUGUUCCUCGCCUGGAUCCCGUGCCUACCGGUCCGCGCGUACUGGGAUUGGGAAGAACACGCCAUCGGCCGCUGGGGCUUCGGGUCGCAGAUCGCCGAGGAGCUGAUACGGACGUACGAGAGCCACGCCACGAGCAACAUGCUCCUCGACUUCAUCAUCUUCGCCAUCCCGCUCCCGCUCUACUUCAACAAGGAGGCCAACAAGCGCUCCCGCAAGGGCGUCCUCGGCCUCUUCCUCCUGGGCAGCGUCGUGCUCAUGCUCUCGGCCUGGCGCCUCGUCGCCCUCAUCCGCUCGCGCGCAGGCACCUACCCGACCCUCGACCCGACGUGGUACGCCUCGGCGCCGAUGGCGCUCGCCAUCCUCGAGAUCGACGUCGCGGCCAUCUGCGCCUCGCUGCCCGUCUUCUGGCCCGUCAUCAUGGUCGGCAUGGGCAAGAUCUUCGUCACGCACGAGGUCAAGGUGGAGGUCACGACGGAGGAGUUCGCGCGCGACGACGACGACCUGGAGCUGGCGCAGUGUGCGGGCACGUCGUUCUCGUACUCGCAGCCCUCGCCGACGCAGGACACGGACAAGCUGUUCGACCCGGAACAGCAGCCGGAACAGCAGCCGCCGCCGCAGCCGGAGACGCGGAUAUUCGGGGCGUACAUGAUGGGGAAGACGACGACGGAGGUCACGAAAGUCACGAAAGUCGGAUGA